AUGGCCGACGUCAGCACGCUGGAGGCACUCCAGGCCCUGCACCGGGAGUUGGUGGCCGUCUCCGAGCACAGAUACGAGGGCCUCGAAGCCCUGGACGCGGGUCUGCAAGACCACGCUGGCCAGUUCAAGAAACUCAUCGACAAAAAGCCACGAAGCGCCGAGAGCCGCAAGGCCGUCGAGUCGGGCAAGAUCAGCAUUGGCGGCGAGGAAUACAGCAUCAACCGCGAGUUCCAGGAGAACGCCCUGCAGCUCGCCGACGAGCUCGACCUCGACGAGAUCGAAACGGCAGGCAUCCUGCUCGAGGCCGAGGACGACACAGUGACGCUCGGCCGCCCAUUGCUGGCGUGUGGCCUCAUUCGCUUCCACCAGCGGCGCAAAUUCUUGCUGGACUGUGCACGGCUGUGCAUCCGCCUCGCCGACGACCAGGAACUCGAGCCAGCGCUGCAGGCCGUGCUGGCCGACUAUGUUUCCGAAAACAUCUUCUGCGUGCCCGGCCCGGGCGUUCCCAAGGGCAGUGAUGCGAGCAGGAUUGUGCCGCGGUGCAUGGCCGCCAUGCAAGGGAUCCGCACGUGGCUACAGCGGCUGGGCGACCGCGCCACCGCGGCGUCUGUGCUGCAAGAAUCGCUGUCGCCCGAGAUCAAAGAGAUGUUUGAUUUCUCGCGCCUCAGUCUGGUGCAGCAGCACGAGGGCGUGGCCAUGAUUCUGUACGGCGCGGCCGAGAAGCGGCACGUCGAGGCCAAGGACUUUACCGAGUUUUUGUCGUUUCUGCAGCGCUGGGACCGCUACGACACGCUGCUUGUCCACCUCUUCCCGACACUGGCGCUCUACAUCCGCCUCUUCGGCUCCCCCGACGGCGUCAGCGACCUGAAACAGGCACGGCAGUUGAACGAGGUCGUCAGCAAGCGUGAGGACGACGGCGUCUGGCAGAUCCCGUCCCUGCGGGCCGCCAUUAUCGCAUGGUGGGUCGCCGAGUACAGCGGCUGGUACAUGGACGACCUGGACAUUCCACUCGACGACAUCGACCUCGACAAGGAAGACGGCGAGCGGUCGGACGCCUUUUCCGCGUGCUUGAAGGAGGGCGCCCUCGAUUUCAUCCUGUCCGUGUCCUCGGACGUCGAGGUGCGCCACUGGCAGGACCCCACGCCGAGCGGUGUCCAGCUGUGGAUCCAGCGCAGCUGUCCGCCGCUGGCCGCCGAUUCCGUCGGCUUCUCCGACUUCUUCCGCGUCUGCGUGCUCGAGCAGCUCGAGAACUUUGUCGAUGCCUUCAUCUCCAACCUGCCCGACGUCAUCCGCCAGCUGCGCGUCGACGAGGACGAGCAGCGUCAGCUGAGCCAGGCGCACGAGCAGAGCCUCGAGCUCGAGCGCUUCCUGCUCAUCAUCUCACACGCCUACGAAGGACGGCCCGACGCUGGCGAGGCCUUCUGGGCCGACCCCGAGAGCAACCUGGCCGGAUUCAUGCAGUGGGCCAGUCACCGCGCGUCGACGCCGCUGGUCAGCGCCUUUUGCGAGAUGCUGCGCUCCAUCUCGAGCAACGAGGUAUCCGCCAACGCCGCGCACAACUUCCUCCUCGACGAGAUCAACAGCACCACGAGCAUCGGCCGGAUGCGUAGGUCGCAGGCCCUGACGUGGAUCCAGAUCGUCAAGGAGCUCGAGUUCUUUACGGGGCGCAUCCGCGCGCACACCAACCCUGUGCCUGCCCUCACCUACCGGAACGGCAAGCCCAACGACGACCAGGAAGAGGCCGAGCCCGAGUCGGCCAUCAUGUUGCAGUGCUACCUGCGCCUCAUUGCGCGCAUCUCCGUCAACAGCCCGGCUGCGCGCGUGUGGCUGCUCAGCAACAAAGAGUUCUCACUCUCCGGUAUCCUUUUCCAGCUCGCCAGCCUCCCCGUGCCGGCACCCCUGCGCGCCUGCAUCUUCACGGCUCUGCGGGCCCUUUUGUCAGACAAGACACUGGAAAUCAGCUACAUAAUGUGGGUUUGUCUGGACGAGUACAUGACGGGUGUUUAUGCGGUGCCCGACAACAUGUCUCUGUCUGUAACGAAUCCUGCCAGCUACAUGGAGGGCCUCCUGGCCGAAGUCGGCCAGGGCUUUGAGCAGCCCUACGCCCUUGUUCAGUUCCUCUUGGCGCUCGUCGGGCCCUCCAUCGACCAGUCCGCCCUCAACGACGCGCUCCCCUUUCCCGAGGCCAUCGGCAGCGCCACCCGCAUGCCCGGCAUCGAGCCCUACGUUGACUUUGCCCUCGAGACCGUCCUCGGCAAGCUGUCCAAGGACAGCAGCAAUAAGCAGCAGCAGUACACGCUGCGCCUCAGCGCGCUCGACUUUGCCCUGACCUGCCUCGACGCCUUCAACGAGGACCUCAUCCUGAUUGCCAACGAGACCGCCAUUCCCGUCGACAGCAUCAUCGCCACCACCGACCUCGCCGCCUACGUCAAGCUGCACCCCUUUGCCCGCGUCAUGGAGUGGGUAUACAAUCACAGUGUCGUGGAGGCCAUCUUCAGUGCCAUCCACGAGGAUCCGGGCGAGAUCGGCAAUGCGGCGCCCGACUCGCCGUUGAUUCUCGGUGUCAUCCGCGCCGUCGAGCUCAUCUCCAAGAUUUUGGAGCUGCAGGACACCUACCUCGAUCUCGUGCGCCAAGUCAUCCGGCUGAAGCUCGGCGAGCGCCGGAAACCCGUCAGCGCCACCUACAGCUUCUUCGAGGAGGCCAUUGCGAACCACCUCGACCUGAUUGUCGACCUGGGCAACUGCUGUGGCCUCGGCCACCCGUCCCUGACGCUGGCGUGCUUAAAACUGCUCGAAAAGAUAUCCGUGUCGCCCAAGGUCAUCUCCGCAUGGAACCCUGGUCCCGGGCACCACGCGCACCGCAACAAGGCCAUUGUCGCGCUGGAAAAGGACGACGAGGCCGGUGUCAUUUCGGGCGUGUUCGUCUCGGAGAUGAUCACGCCACUGGACCUCGGACUGGAGGCCGAUUCGCCAAACUACAGCAUCAAGACGUACAUUCUCGACUUCCUGUACUCGUGCCUACAGGCCUCGCCAGACCGGCCCACCAUUGCCCACCUGCUGCUGGGCUUCAAGUGCGGCGUCGACAGCCUGAGCGUCGAGUCCGGCGGCGCCUUUGACAGCCGCACCUCGCUGUUUCACAACCUCCUGCGCGUCCUCCUCGAGGCCCCCUUUGGUGACGACAACCUCGGCAUGCGCCAGUGGCUAAUCCUGCUCAAGCACAAGGUCAUGCGCAUCUUCCAGGUCCUCUGGCACUCGUCGCUGUCGUCCGCCAUUGUUCUGGCCGAUCUGCGCGAGAACGACUUCGCCUUCCACCUCCUCAUCCGCGAGGUCGUGCUGAACCAGGAGAUGCCCUGGGAUGGCAUAGCCUCUAUGGCGCCCGAGUUCCCCACAACACAGGCGUCCGUCGGGUUUAUCGAGUUCUGGGCACUGCGCGCUAUGACGCUGGAGUACGUUGGCAUCGAGCUCUGCAGCGUAUCGCAGAAUCGGCUGCCGAGCCUGAAGCGGCGCAUCUUUGACGCCCUCAACGGCAAGGUCGUUGACGACAACAAUGAGCCCAUUGACAUUCCUACCGUCUUUGACUUGUAUGACUUCUUGUCCAGCAACAGCGGCAUCUCCCACUGGGACGUCUCGGCGCCGCAGUUCAAGCGACUGCACGAGCUCGAUCUCCGCGCAUCCAUGGACGAGACAGCGACGGGCGAGACGCUCUACGACCUCGACAAGGCUCGCGAGAUUGCCCUGCUCAAAGAAUCCGAGAUCAUCAAGGCAUCGGGCUUGACCGAGAAGGCGCUUGGGGCUCUGCGCGAGGAGCUGCAGUUUGAAGAGGCCGUGCUGCUCGAGUACCUGGCCUUCCUCAACCGCCAAAAGCAGCUGGGUGACAACCUGCAGGUGGUUCUGCACGCCUGGGCCAAGCUGCUGCUCGUCAUGUUUGAGGCCAACGAGUUUACCGGCGCCGCACAAGUAUCGUUCCUGCUGCAAGCCCUGCAGGCCAUCCUACCGGGUCUUGAGGCGUCGAGUGCCGACAACCCGGUGCAGGCGCUCGAGCUGGCGCGGCUGGCCGAGGUCCUCUUGUUCAAACUCUACGCCGACAAGAUCCUCGCCAACGGCAACAACAAGAGCAGCACCAGCGAAAACGGCGACGACAAGGAGGGCCGCCAGAUGAGCAGCCUGGUCAGUGACAAGCUGUUCCAGCUGUUCCAGAUCUGCCUCUUUGCCACGUCCAAAUGGGUGGGCAAGGCCGAGCUGCGGUCCGUCUACUACAACAUCUGCUACCGGUACAUUGCCGGCAUCCUCGACGCAGACAACCGUGGCUUCCAGCCGACUGGCUGGCAAAAGGCCAACAAGACCGUCAGCGUCUGCGGCGAGCGCGUCCUCAACGUGGUCUGCGACGACACCUAUGGAAGCGACUCGUCCACAUGCCAGACGUCGGCGCUGGUGCUGCUGGGUGCCCUCGUGCGCCUCGGUGAACAUGAGCACGAUACGCACGUCGUCGAGUCGCUAAACCGCCUCAACUUUAUCGGCGUGCUCGUCGACUCCCUCAAGUCGGUGCUGCUGGACGGCCUUGCCGUGAUCCAGUCUGGGCGCGCCGACCAGCGCCUGGCCCUCGACGCCAAGCUGGCGCUGCUGCUGCAGCUGUGCCAAACGCGCGACGGCGCCAAGUUCACGCUGCAUGCCAACCUGUUCCGCGCCAUUGAGCUGUCCAGUCUCUUCUCGGCCGACCCCGAACUGCAGGUCGAUCCCACCGACACGGCUGCGCUGACGCAGCACUACGGCCUGCUGGUGCAGGUGGCCCGCAUCAUCGGCGCCGCCGUCGUCAGCCGCGGCUCGCACAACAUCCUACAGGGCCGGCGGUUCCUGUCCGAGCACCGGAUGUUGGUCAUGCACGUGUUCAAACGGUCAGCCGGCAUCGGUCCGGCAUCGUCACGGGCACUCGACGAACGGGUAGAGGACUUGGCUGAGGCGUUUAUGGUGCUGAUCGUGGCGACUGACUUCCUCGAGUUUGAGGACGAGGCGCCGGUACAGCCACAAAGUAACCCAACACGGAUAUUGUUUCACUAG